AUGGACAAGAUAAGUCAGUUGCAUGAUGAGCUUCUUUUGGGAAUAUUGUCGUUACUUCCUAAUGCUAAAGAUGUUGUGGCCACAAUGGUUUUGUCAAAACGGUGGCGAUAUCUUUGGAUGAUGGUUCCAAGUCUUGUGUACGAUGAUAGCUAUCAAGAUAUUGAUUAUGGAAGGUUUUCGCGGUUUGUAGACAGGUCUUUGGCCUUGCACAAGGCUCCCGUCAUAGAUACUUUGCAUUUCAAACUUGGUCAUAUCUGUGGUAGUGGAGAUACUCUGAUUGGAGCUGCAGAGAAAUGUUGUGUGCGUAAACUGAUUAUCAAGAUUGAUGACACUUCUUCUCGUAGUAGUAAAACUGAUCAAGUCAUUCUUCCGAUGAGCUUGUGUAGUGGGGUUCAUAUAAUGCUUGCGGACCUGAAACUACAAAACGUGGUUCUGGUGGACGUUUCUACUCCAGUUUCUUUCCCAUCCUUAAAAAGGUUAAGGCUUAAAUCCGUGAAGUACCCAGGUAAUGAAUUUGUCAACAAUCUUAUAUCGAGUUGUCCUGUUCUUGAAGACUUGGUUGUGAAGCAAUGUUCAGAUGACAAUGUCACCAUUUUGACCGUUAGAGUGCCAUCUCUAAAGCGUUUAUCCUUAAUACAAAGAGCUGAACUUGAAAUCGAUGUUCCUCAUGAUUUUGUGAUAGAUACUCCUUCUUUGGAACACUUAAAGAUAGUUGAUUAUACGUAUGGGUCUCGUGUCGUUAAGAGUACUAUGAAUAGGAUUAUCACCGCAAGUAUGGACGUUUUUUCUCCCCAAACUAAGGAGAUUUUGGGCUCUCUAACUUCAACCAAACGUCUUUUUCUCUGCUUACCAACUUCAAAGGAUGCGUAUCCUGUUGGUAAUAUAUUUGGCUCUCUUAUACAUUUAACUAUAUGCACAUGUGAGACAGAAUGGUUGAAUGUACUUAUACGUGUGCUCAGAGAUUCCCCUAAUUUAAAAACACUCAAAAUUGAACAGUAUCAUAACCUUCGGGAUGAAGACCCACGCCCGUGCUGGAACGAAACGAGCUUGGUGCCUGAAUAUCUGUUACCUAGUCUUGAAACCUUUGAAUGGGUAGAUUAUGAAGGAACAAAAACAGAGAAACAAGUCGUAGCAUUCAUCUUGAGAAUUGCAAGCUGUUUAAAGCAGGCAACUAUUGUCUCCUUUAAAUACAUUGACCAUGACAAGAAACUUGAGAUGCUCAAUGAUUUUCCCGUAUCAUCGAGGCGUUCCCCAGCAUGUAUGCUUGCAUUCUCCUGGAAUCUUUAA